CAGGUUCACGGUAAAGGUGCAGAUAUCGAUGCACUCUGUGUUGCUCCUAGACACAUUAGCAGAGUUGAAUUCUUUUCGUCUUUUUAUGAACUUCUCAAGGCACAACCCGAAGUAUCAGACCUCAGGGCAGUUGAAGAAGCUUACGUACCCGUGAUCAAAAUGAAUUUUGAAGGGAUUGAGAUUGAUAUGUUAUUCGCAAGACUAUCCCUGAAAGAAAUUCCAGAUUCAAUAGAUUUACGUGAUGAUAUGGUACUGAAAAAUUUAGAUGAAAGGUGUGUACGGAGUUUGAAUGGUUAUCGAGUGGUCGAUGAGAUUUUGAGACUAGUUCCAAACAUAGAAAACUUCAGGCUUGCUUCAAGAGCUAUUAAGCUAUGGGCGAAAAGACACGGCAUUUACAGUAGCGUUCUAGGAUUUUUGGGUGGUGUUUUCUGGGCUUUGCUGGUAGCAAGAACUUGUCAGUUAUAUCCAGAUGCGGCACCUUCCACAUUGAUCCGUAAAUUUUUCUUAAUUUACUCAAAGUGGAAGUGGCCGCGGCCUAUUUUGUUGAAAGAUCUAUCCAAUCGUUAUCUUGGAUUUCCUGUGUGGGAUCCUAGGAUAUAUAUACUUUUUGUAACUGGUGAACAGAACGUGUUUGCGUCAUACUCGUCAGUAAGACUUAUUGGUCAACUGAUUAAUGUAAUCAUCUUCCUCUUGAAGAUGAUUGAAACACGUGUCGAGGUGUUAAAAUGACUUUUUGGUGUUGGAAAAAUUCUCCAGUAAUAUUCAGCUUUGGGUUUCCUAUUCAUUGGAUAACAAACCUUCUGAUUAAUAAGUAGCAGUUGACAUUCAACUACCAGUGAGUUUUUCGGAAAGUCAUUAUACUCAUAAGGUCGUUAAUAGUUCCUUUUGUAAUUCAGAAAUUUCAUGUUUCAACAGGUGAACAUUCAGGAUCGUUAUCAUAUGAUGCCGAUUAUCACACCUGCUUAUCCACAACAAAACUCAACAUUCAAUGUGACCAUUUCCACAAGGGCAAUAAUGAUUGAAGAGUUCAAACAAGGAUUGUCUAUUACUGAUGAUAUCAUGCUAGGAAAA